AUGGCGCCAACCACAGAAAAGGAUGACCAAAGGUCGAGGGAUGAGGCUACGCCGGCAAAGGAGCUCUACCCCAUGGUGAAUUGGAAGUAUGAUGUGUUCUUGCAUAUGAUGGGCAACUUGGUCGACUUGUUCUUCCGCGAAGUCGUGCCCCGAGGGUCGUGGAGAGUUCCUCAGUCUGGGCCGGUGCUAUUUGUCGCGGCACCACAUGCGAACCAGUUCGUCGACGGACUAGUUCUCCUACGAACGCUCAGGCAAGAAGCUGGACGCCGAGUCUCCCUGCUCAUCGCCCAAAAGUCGGUUCACGGGUUCAUCGGCUGGGCUUCUCGACAGGCUGGCGCUGUACCAGUCGGCCGCGCGCAAGAUGCUACAAAGGCGGCACCGGGAACCAUCUACCUCCCCGAUCCUAUCAACGACCCAACCCUUCUCCGCGGUGUUGGCACAAACUUUGGCACCGGCGAAGGCCAGACCCAGGGCAUGAUCUUUCUGCCACCGGGAAAGAAUACUGCGUCAGUGAGCAGUGAUAUCGCCCAGAUUGUUGGCCCCGAAGAACUUCGCCUCAAGAGACCGUUCAAGGGCAAGCUGGCCAUGCAGCAGCUGACUGGUCGCGACGACAUUGACAAAGACGGCAAAUUUACAAACAAGGACCUAAAGGGCCCGGCGCCGGGAUACGAAGGCACCAAGUUCAAGGCGGCACCAAACAUUGACCAGACAAAGGUUUACGAAGCUGUCUUUUCCCGACUAAGACAUGGUGGUUGUGUAGGCAUCUUCCCUGAGGGAGGUAGCCACGACCGCACAGAGCUGCUCCCACUCAAGGCUGGUGUUGCUAUUAUGGCUCUAGGAACGCUGGCAGAGGCGCCUAACUGCGGGCUCAAGAUUGUCCCCGUUGGCAUGAAUUACUUUCAUGCCCACAAAUUCCGAAGCCGUGCGGUUGUCGAAUUCGGCACUCCAUUCGAGAUCCCUUCACAUUUGGUGGAGCUGUACCGUAAUAACCAGCGAAGAGAAGCUAUUGGCCAAGUUAUCGAUACAGUCUACCAGGCUCUCAGUGCGGUCACGGUGUCUGCACCAGACUAUGACACCCUCAUGGUCAUCCAAGCAGCCCGAAGACUGUACAACCCCACGGGUAAGAAGCUGCCCCUACCUGUCGUCGUCGAGCUCAACCGACGACUUGCUAUGGGAUAUGAUCGAUACAAGAGCGACGAGCGUAUCACAUCUUUAUCGGCUUCCGUCAAAAACUACAACUCGCAGCUUCGCUAUCUCAACCUCAAAGAUCACCAGGUCCAAUAUGCCAAGAUGUCCAUCCUUAAAGUCCUCUUUCUUCUGGUGUACAGAUCGAUCAAGCUCUUGAUCCUAUUCUUCUGUACCGUCCCAGGCUUACUCUUAUUCGCCCCCGUCUUCGUAGCGACCAAGAUCAUCAGUAUUCAAAAGGCCAACACGGCUCUGGCGGGCUCGACUGUCAAGGUUCGAGGUCGCGACGUCAUGGCCACGUGGAAGAUUCUCGUGGCCAUGGGUUUGGCGCCCACCCUCUAUCACUUUUACUCCAUCAUCAUUGUGUUCAAGGUGUGGCAGGAUAGAUUAUGGGGUUACGUUCCCAUGUGGGUGCCUCUGUGGUUGGCAUACAUUGGAAUCUGGCCAGCCAUGAUUGGCCUGACAUUUGCUGCUUUGCGGUUCGGCGAAGUUGGAAUGGACAUUUUCAAGUCACUGCGGCCGUUGGUCCUGUGCCUAGUGCCCAGCUCCGACUUUAACAUUCAUACCCUGCGACUUCGACGUGCGGAGCUGAGCUCCCAAGUUACGGAUCUGAUCAACACCCUUGGGCCGGAAAUGUUCCCCGACUUUGACAAGACUCGCCUGGUGCCGGACGUGUCCAAGCUGGAGAGCGGUGGUGCCACCCCGGAGCGGGCACACAAGCGCAAGGACAGCGAUCAGUCGAGCACUGGACCAGAGGGCGAAACGCCUCCUCGGAUGCUUUCCCGCCGCAGCACGACCCAGUCCAGCCGCGCACUUCCACGGAACGACUCCUUCAGCAACAUUGGUGCCGUGGGCAUCUUUUCUACUCGACCCCCGUCUCGGUCUAGAAGCAGAUCGCGGUCUAGCAGUGCUGGUGGCGGAUUUGGCUCGGGCGGCUUCCCUAUCAGCGGCUUCACAACGCUGGAUUCAGCCGAGGGAUUCAGUGAAGCGACGAGGAAGAUUCGACAGGCAAUGAAGGAUCGCAGAAAGAAGUCUGACAGGCUGCAAGUACAGGCAGAUGACGAUGAUGAGGACAGUGAAGACGAAGGAUACGAUGAGGCGAGAAAGAAGAACCUUUAA